UUCUGCGAAUUAUGAAAUGACUAUAAUGCCCAUGUACUUUGUUGCUUUGUACGAGGAGAGCCUUCCCCUGCCCGACGCAAGUCGUGGCCUCCGACAUUCCGAAAGAUUCUUUUUGCGUCAUUCGUGUCGUGUGUAGUGUGCCUCACGACAACCCACCUCGUUGUCGUGAUUCGUAUCUUUUGGCGUGAUUCGUGAUUCGUUUUGUUACUAUUAUGGUUUGCCCGUGUCGUUGUCGUGAUUCGUGAUGCGCAUCUUUUCUGUUACGUUCGGUUUGGCCACCUCGUUGUCCUUGUUGCGUUGUUCUUGGCCUCCUCCCAAGAUUUUGAUCUCGUUUCCUCUCUUUCGCUCCUCUUUCUUCCUCGGGAAGUGGCAAUGGCUACGGGGAGAGCCUAGCGAUCGUCGGAUUCCUACUCUGUUACCGUAGCUUGCGGUUGUGAUCGAGGUUCUUGUUGUGAUGGGGAGAGCAUGGGAGCCUGGCGAUGGGGUUUGAUUAGUUUCUUGUUCUUUGACAUCUCCAUGGAAGCAUGGUUGGUGUGUUGGGUUUGCUUCCUUCCUCUAUUCCGGCUGCGUUGGAUUAAGGUUGAGGGCAUCAGAGGGUGGUUACCCUUUCGUUGUCGCUUGCUUGCACACACUGCAGUUGCAGUUGAGACUGGUGGCUUGAUGCCCCAAAAGGAUGACCAGAUUGCUACUUGGGAGGAACUCGGAAAUGAAAAAUCAGAUUUUAAAUGUAAAAUAAUUAAUGAGCAAGAGGAUAUAUCAACUGAAGAAGUAAAUCAUGCCUUAAAUAAUAUGAAGAUGGAAAAUGGAUCAAGUUCACAAUGUUCUGAAACAUCAGAAAGUCAAGAUGAAAUGGCUGUACAACAACAGAUUAAGCUACCAAAAGAGAGUAAACUAAAAGCGGUAGAAGUUGAUCUUGAGAGGAUACUUGAGGAACAAGAUACUCAUGAUUUGUACUGUCCUAUUUGUAACUCGUGUAUAACAAAAAAGGUGAUUUUACGUAAAAGAAAAAGGACGGUUCAACAUGGUGGGCCUUCUAAGAAAGUGAACGAAGAAAAAUAUGAUGCUGGGAAGUCGGAUACUGGAGCUGUUUCAAGUGGAAUGACAAAUCCAAGUGAUGCACCAGAGCCAGAUGUAUUCAGAUGUUUAUCAUGCUUCAGCUUCUUCAUGCCAACAGACUGUGGUUUUAACAUAUUCCGGAUAUUUGAGAACGGAAAGAAAAUUCAUGCGCCAAGUUCACCGCAAGUUCCCGAGAAACCAAGCCAACCAGGAGAUGGUGCUAUUCAAAAAACUAGUGAAAAUGACCAGAUAAUUCAACGUUCAGAAGCAACUGCCACUGAAGUGUUGCCACAUUCAGAUGUUCGACUUGAUGUACCUGAGCGAAGUGCCAGAGUUUCUGAAAUAAGCAAUGACUGGGAUGUUCUGAAAAGUAUUGUGUACGGAGGUCUAGCUGAAUCAAUUGCCAGCCUGGGUGUCGUGUCAUCAGCAGCUGCAGCUGAUGCUUCAACAUUGAGCAUCGUUGCUUUAGGGCUGGCAAAUCUGUUUGGUGGAUUUCUUUUGAUUAUUCAUAAACUUUUUGAGUUGAGAACUGCUCGAGAUGUGGCAACCGACCACGAGGAGGAUGAAAGAGCUGGUCGAUACUGGGAAUUGCUGGGGAGGAAAGCAAACUUCCGCCUACAUUUUGUUGUUGUCAUAAUAUCAUACCUUUUAGUUGGUUCGGUGCCUCCCGUCGUUUACGGCUUCUCAUUCAGGGGGAGUGACAACAAGGAACACAAGCUCAUAGCUGUGGCUGCAGCAUCCCUUCUAUGCAUUGCGCUGCUGGCUACAGGGAAGGCCCACGUUGGGCCACAAAGGGCCUACACGAAAACUCUUUUCCACUACCUAAGCCUUGGUGUGUCAGCAUCUGGUGUCUCCUAUGUGGCUGGGGUGAUGGCCAAUAAGCUCCUCGAGAAGUUUGGUUUGUUUGAUGGUGGCAUGAGUCCCCCGUCACCUCCCGGCCUUUGGUAUCAAGAUCUAAGAUCAGGAGGACGGGCGUGGGCAUCAUCAUAUUGACGACGGACCGGACCCCACUUACAGGUGGCAAUCUGUUCAUUCAGCAGCACUCAUGCACGCGUCGUCAUUCUCUUUUUCGAUUGGUUAUCCGUAACUGUUUGUCGUACGUAUCAUUCGUAUUGUCAACGUGAAGUGGUAUUGUCAUCGUGAAAUUUGAGAUUUAUGAUAUUCCUCCGUCCUACGUGA